AUGGAUGGAGAUCAUGAGACGUUCCUCUUCACCAGUGAGAGCGUAGGCGAAGGCCACCCUGACAAAAUUUGCGAUCAGAUCAGCGACGCAGUGCUUGAUGCCCAUCUUAGCCAGGACCCUGACGCCAAAGUUGCUUGUGAAACGUGUACCAAAACUGGUAUGAUCCUGAUCUGUGGGGAAAUUACGUCCAAGGCCCAAGUUAAUUAUCAACAAAUUGUGCGUGAUAUUGUUAAGAAAAUUGGUUUUGAUGAUUCACGAAAGGGCUUUGACUACAAGACCUGCAAUAUUCUUCUGGCCCUGGAGCAAAAGUGUGCGGAGAUUGCUAAUGGUGUACACAUCGGGCGCAGUGAUGACAACACUGGUUCAGGGGACCAGGGACUGAUGUUUGGUUAUGCCACUGAUGAGACCGAUGAGUGCAUGCCCUUAACUAUUAUGCUGGCACACCGUCUCAAUCAGAAGAUUGCAGAGCUGCGAAGAGAUGGGACGUUCUGGUGGGCGCGACCUGACUGUAAGACUCAAGUCACAUGCCAGUAUGCCUUCGAUCAAGGAGCUGUUAUUCCCAAAAGAGUGAACACUGUUGUCGCUUCUGUACAGCACUCGGAACAAAUUACUAUCGAAGCUUUGCGUGACGAGGUAAUAGAGAAGGUCAUCAAGGUCAUUAUUCCUGAAAAAUAUAUAGAUACUCAAACGAAAUACCACAUCAACCCUUGCGGAGAAUUCAUCAUGGGUGGACCUCAAGGUAACGUUGGGCUAACUGGUAGGAAAAUCAUCGUUGACACUUACGGUGGGUGGGGCGCUCACAGCGGGGGAGCAUUCUCUGGCAAAGAUUACACAAAGAUUGACCGCUCAGCGGCCUAUGCCGCCCGAUGGGUUGCCAAGUCACUGGUGAAAAACAAAUUAUGUAGACGCUGUUUGGUUCAGGUAUCUUACACCAUUAGUGUUGUGCACCCCAUAAGCAUCAGCAUCUUCCACUAUGGCACCUCACAAUACACAUCAAAACAGCUUCUGAAGAUUGUUAACCACAACUUUGAUCUACGACUAGGACAUAUUGUCAAGGAGCUGGGCUUAAAGAGACCAAUUUACAGUGAUACGUCGUGUUAUGGACAUUUUGGACGGCAACAGUUCUCUUGGGAGCAGCCCAAGAAGUUGACCAUCCCUGAAUUUUAGAGUCAAAUAAUUCUUAAGGAUGACUAUCAUUUUUACGUUUUUCAUCAAGUCCCUGUUAAUAUGGGAGAACACUAUGUCUAUGCUU